GUUCCAAGGCCAGCCGGGAGAUAGAAUCCCCAUAUUAAUAUAUCAAUAUACAUAAAUAAAUAUCCAUAUGAUGAACCGUGAACUAAUCACGUUUAUCACGAUGAUCAAAGCGCGUUAGAAAGCCGUGCGCGUGAAGCUCCCUGAAAGAACCCGGAUGCUCGUGGAGACCAGUCUUCUUGGACUGGGAACUGAUCCCCGCGACGCUCCGUAGCUUCUUAACUUUGUUCCUGCCUACAGGAUUCCUUAAAGAAGAUAGAAUUAUAAGGAACAUUAGUUCUAUUAAUGAUCUGUUUCAGCACCUGAACAUCAAACAACAACAAUACAGAGAAAUUCCUUUAAACACUCCGAGGUGACAGCAGGCUGAACUGUGCUCAGGAUGGGGGACUCCAUGAAGAACCAGCUGGUGAGCGCCAUCCAGCUGCAGGAGGUGGAGAUGCAGGAGAAACCUGGAGACAACAAGCAGGGCAGUAGCAACACAGGCAAUGAGACGUUCACUGUGGAAGAAGCUGUUGAAACGAUCGGAUUCGGUCGCUUCCACGUCAUGCUAUUCAUCAUCAUGGGCAGCGCCAACAUAGUGGAGGCCAUGGAGAUCAUGCUGUUGGCUGUAGUUUCUCCAGAGAUUCGAUGUGAGUGGCGUCUGGACGACUGGCAGGUGGCUCUCGUCUCCACAAUGGUGUUUCUUGGCUUCAUGCUUUGUGGAGUUCUGGGAGGAUACCUGGCAGACAGAUACGGACGCUGGAAGGUGGUGUUUGGAGGUUUCGUGUGGAGCGCUUACUUCUCUCUGCUCACCUCCUUCGCUCCUUCGUACGGUUGGUUCAUCUUCCUCCGCAGCAUGGUGGGCUGUGGGGUCGCAGGGGUGUCUCAGGGGUUUGUGUUGAAGACGGAGUUCAUUCCAGCAAAGUACCGAGCCAUCUUGCUGCCUCUGGCCUCGAUAUUCUGGAUGUUCGGAUCCAUGCUGAUCAUCAUACUGGGGAUGCUGGUGGUUCCCACCUGGGGCUGGAGGUGGAUGAUCCGGUUCUCCGUCACCCCCAGUGUCAUCCUCCUCUUGCUCUUUCAGUUUAUUCCUGAGUCGGCUCGUUAUAACGUGUCAGUAGGAAACGUAGCGGCUGCUGUUGAGACUCUGCAGCAAAUCGCUAAAAUGAACCGAGUGUCUCUUCCUCCGGGACGCCUGGUGGAGUUGCAGAGCGAAAAAAGAGGAGGCUGGAGGAUUCUGUUCAGUCCAUCGUUCAGGAGGACGUCUCUGCUGCUCUGGUACACAUGGUUCGUGGCGUCCUUCAUCUACUACGGAUCGGUGCUCGGCAGCUCGGAGCUGCUGGAGAAGAACUUGCUGUGUUUGACGGAUCCGGAUCAAGAGCAUCAGGUCAAACACCAGAACCAGGACGGACUCUGUCACUGCAUCCCCUUCCAACUCCGAGACUACCAGACCCUACUCAUCAGCUGCCUGGGGGAGGUGGCACUGGUCCCAGUGAAUAUUUGUCUGCUGAACGUUUUGGGACGAAAGCUGAGUCUGACUGUGCUGCAGCUGGGGGCGGCCAUCUUUUUCAUGUUGCUCAACAUCUGCACCACCAUGUUUGGGUUCACGGUGUUGCUGUUCCUGCUCCGGUCUCUGGUUUCCAUGAACUUUAAUGUGGUUUACAUUUACACGGCUGAGGUGUAUCCCACUGUGGCUCGGUCUUUGGGGAUGGGCUUCUGUACGUCGUUUAGUCGGAUCGGAGGAAUGAUCGCUCCGUUCAUUGCUCAGGUGUUGAUGUCUCAGUCGGUGAUUCUGGCUCUCAGCCCGUUUGCCAUGGCUUGUGUGAUCUGUGCUCUGGCAAACCUGUUCCUGCCGAUAGAAACGAAAGGACGAGCUCUGCUGGUGAGAAACACCGUCCUGUUUUCACUUCAAACUUCAUUUAACUCAAUUUAACUCAAUUUAACUCUAUUUAACUCCAUUUAACUUUAUUCAUCUUUAUUCAAUUUAAUUCAGUUUAUUUUGUAUAGCCCAAUAUCACAAAUUUUCCUCAGAGGGCUUUAC